AUGGCUAUGCUCAAAACCAUGGAUAGGAGGAUGGAUAAAACGGAUCAAACGAUACAUGCUAUUCGGGUGGGUUGUGAGAAUUGCAAUGGGCCUCACCUUACUAGAGACUGCGACUUGGAUGAGAAUGGCAACAAAAAGGUGCAAGUUUGUUACUCAAGUGGGGACCGAUAUGAUGAAGAUUGGCGCAACCCAAAUAAGGAGUGGCUCCCUUAUGACGAGCACAAGAAGGCUAAGGAGGAGAAGUUCAAGCAAAAGGGAAGAGGUUUUUACCAAAAGGAGGAGCCGGCACAAGAAAGAAAACCAAGUUUGCAAGAGAUGCUUACCAAGUUUGUGGCUGCUUUAGAAAAGAGACAUAAUGAUCAUGAUGUUGCAAUCCAAGAAACAAGAACCAUGCUUAGAAACCAGCAAGCCUUUAUCCACAACAUUGAAACACAACUUGGGCAACUUGCUCAACAAAUUAAUCAAAGAUCACCCGGCGAACUCCAUAGUAAAACCGAAAACAACCCACGAGGCGCACACAUAAACAUAGUCACAACAAGAAGUGGGAAGAUAAUUACUCCUCUGCCCCCCAUUCAGAAUGAAGCACCCAAAGACUUGCAAAAGGAGGAUGUAGAAAAACAAAAUCAAAAUAAAAUUAUGCAUGACACAAAAUCUACUCGCAGAGUCCAUAUUAUAGACUCAACGAGUCCACUGCCAGAUUUGAAAGAACAAGUUCCUGAAAAGCGCUUUCAGCCUCCCAUGCCAUACCCAGCCCGAGCUAAGAAAGAAAAGCAGGAAGAGGAGUACCAAAAGUUUCUCGACCACAUUAAAGCCCUUAGAAUCAACAUACCCUUCAUUGAAGCCGUCGCUCAAAUCCCAAAAUAUGCAAAGCUCCUCAAAGAGCUUCUAACCAAUAGAAGGAAGAUGGAGGAGGUGAAAGAAGUAGUUCUUAAUGAAAACUGCUCAGCUGCCAUGUUAAACGACUUACCAAAGAAGAAAGGUGACCCGGGAAGCUUGACUUUGCCUUGCCAAUUUGGCAACUUGGCCACCAUCCAUGCUUUGGCUGAUUCGGGAGCAAGUGUGAACCUCAUGCCCUAUUCAUUCUUCAAGAAAUUGGAUCUCCCGGAACCAAGGCCAGUCCGCAUGGCAAUUCACUUAGCAAAUAAGACAGUCACAUUUCCAAGAGGAAUAUGUGAAGACUUAUUGGUCAAGGUGGACAAGUUUUAUUUCCCGUAG